CUCCCCUCUCACGGUGGGUAUAAAAGCGUCCCCCUCCACGCUUUCACUUGACUGUCAGCUCUCUGAGGCGCGACUGAGGCGAGGGGAGGGAGACACGACUGAAGGAGAUCCCUGUGAGACGUUUCUUUGACCUUAAACCUUUGCUCUCUCUCCCCUAUCUCCUCACCCCUCCCACCCAAAGUGUUUUGGGUCUCCCUCGUAUCCUCCAUCUCCUCCUUCUUCUUCUUAAGCGUCUCAAAUCUGCCUGGACAGUGGCUUCAUUCAUGCGAAAUGGGCUGUGGCAAUUCCUCAGCCACCAGCACCUCGGGAGGGGGGCCAGCAGAAAUCUCCAAAGAUGUAAGAUCCUUCAGCAGAAGAUGAGAAAAGAAGGAAUUAUGGUGGUGUGUAUGUGGGUCUACCAGCCGACCUCUCCGCUGUGGCUGCUAGUCAAGCCAAGUCCACACAUAAAGACUAGCUGCUAUCGAAGGACACACAACGCAGGUAUUUACAAAUAUAAUUUAUCCUCUCAAACGGAGGAAAAGCUGGCGCACGUGAGAGUGAAGGACGCCAUUCUUUAUCUCUGCAAGAUCCUCCACACUCACUAACGAGCCUAACGAGCAGAGAGCCUGUAAGUGCUCCAAUCACCAGUCACGGGGCGACGUCUCAGGCUCUCGCUGAGCGAGGAUGUGGACGCUGCCUCGUGCACCGUGUGCCUCAGUGAUGCAGGGACUGGAAGUGGAGGCCGACGCGCGCACUCCAUCGUCGCCCUUCACUCCGCAGGAGGAGCGACGUCGCAGAGGACGAGCACUCGCCCGGGGACUCGCAGCUGUGGGCGGCCGCUGGCGUCGUGACAGCCGUCCUGGAAUGCUGACUUUCUUUCUCAGGAGGAGACACACGGCCGACUCACUCAUUAUUCACCAGGAGUUACUGUAAACAACAUUCCCAGUGGUCCUCUGCAAUAAAUCCCACUGCUCAGUUCGCACAGAUGCAGAGUUAAAGAGGCAAAAAGCAGCAAAUACGUCCAAUAGCGUGGAUUUCAUUCAGGGACCAAGACACACUACACCAAGUUAUAGCUGUAAAUGCUAUGCUAACGCUAAUAGCAGCCGUGAACAGAGCAAGUAGUGUUUGAAUCCAUGUUCUGGGUGCAUCAGCCAGGUUGGACCUGUGGAUGUCGUUUGUGACCCAGACUCAUUAUGUAACAUCAGGAUGUGAGUCAUGAUACUAAGAGGAUUUCUGUCUGCGUCUCCCUGACUUUUCUUUCUCACUCUUAUGCUGCGUGUUGUUUUCUUUCCCCAUAAGAGCUCUAAUUUUGGGUUUCUGGACAAUUCUCGCAGCACUUAAUAUCUCACUCAAGGAUUACACAAGCAGAAUGGUCUACAUAAAUGUGACCUACUGUAUUGUGUAACAGCAAAAACCUUUUUCUAUCUUUAGAGACAAAAAAACAGUGAGCAAAGCAACAAUAAUUAGUUGCAAAGAUUUUAUUACUUUCUAUUUUAAACAUGUAUCAGACUUAUUCAAAAAGUAAUUCUGCUGUUUGAUAUUUGAAAUGGGGAGGCUAGUAUUUGUUCCCGUCAACAAAUCAAAUGAAAAGCCUAAAAUCAAUAGUGUUCUUUUUUAUUCACCGACCUUGUAAACCUGUCUGUG